CGCCUAUCGCACCACAAAAUCAAAGCUCUUGCCAUGCAGUGAAACCUUACCCAGCCCGCCGCAGUUCCCAGAGCUAACCUCUUUUGUCUCCAACAGAGCAUAAGGCGAACGAACUUCCAGAGCACUCGAGACACCCAGAGCUGCUAGCUGGCCUUUCACAUCAAAAUUCCCAGGAUAACAGUUGCAUCCUGAUGCCAUGCUUUCGUGAAGUCAAGGCCUUCGACUAGAUAUUCCGUGUGGAUCGCUGAGCUCACCUUCUUGUGGGCGGCUUUGCCCCCAUUCCGCUACCUUGCCGGUCCUCUUCCCUAACCAUAGCCAAUAUGGACCCUGGGCCCCUACAGUCCGGCGAUGCACCAUUCUGCUGGCCAGAACGUCCCCUUAGCACGGACACGAAAAGAUAAAGAUGCACACUAUUCGCCAGAGACACCGAGGCACCAUGGAUUGCUCUUUCAGCUUUACUCCGGGCGCUUUUUAUUCGCAGAGCUUGAACUGACUACUCGUUGAAAUAGGCGAUCAGAGCCGUACAUCAGCCGACCGGACACCGUUGUGCUCAGCACCCGAAAUGUCAACGCAAAAACCGGAACCGUCGUUGAGCAAACGGUCAUCAUUAUACCUCGAAGACAUUGGGCUAGGCCAAAGCAAGCGUCUAUCCAUCGAUACCGGGUCGUCGGAGUAUGAUUACUUGACAAGGUCGCCGUUACUCGAACCCGACCAUGCGCCUGCGCCAUCAGGCCUACCGCGCAUUCGACAAAGGCCCCAAAGCAGAGCCCCCUCCCUCCCUUUGACAUCUGCGUCGUCCGGUGCAUCCGCACUAAUGACCCCGGCUCCAUCAAUUGCAUCCUCCGCGGUUUCGGCUUUUCCACCGGAUACCGCUUCUCCCGAGCUCGAAGAUCUUCACAGGUUUCCUUCAGAAUCACUCCACUCUUUCUCGUUUGCCCGCCAGUCGGAGGAGAUGCUGCAUACCCGCUAUAAUGUGUUGAGGAGGACUAUAGAUUUUAUGAGAGAUCGAUUUGGCUGGGCAGCGAGCAAUACAGGUACUGCAAAUACUCAAGCCAAGUUAAGCGGUAAUCCAGAAGUUCAGAGCAUGGUCGACGUGGUCGACAUGGUCGCGAGAGCAAAUCUCCGUGACGCUGGAAAAGGGCAGUAUCGAUUUCCUGGAUUCUUGGCGAGUCCUGUUACAGGCCCUCCUGCUUUCCAUGGCGAGAACGUAUUUGAGAAAGCCUUCGCAAGCGAGUCACUCCAAACGAUCGAGGAUCAGGGUGAGUCCAUCCAAAAGUCCCCGCAACAAACCACCAGUCGCGAGGAACUUCUGUCUGUGAAGGAAACUCAGACAGCAACCCUAACAAGAGGGCUUAAAUCCGCACCAGCAUCGAGAAGGGUAAGCCUAAAACGGACGUAUACAGAUAUUGGUUCAGCUUCGCUCCAGAACAAGCUCAUGGACGCAUUGUCUGCGCAACCCUACUCAACAAUGGAUCUCAUCUCUCCUGGGAGCACGACUUCCUUUGCCCUUGGAGCUAAUGCCCCUGCUGUUCAUUCCCACAGCAACAAGUGGUCGCCUGCAGCCCAGGCUGUGUUUAGAACGGAGGCCAAGCCACGAUGGACCAUUCUCGCUGCCAAUGACUUAGCGUGCCUGGUUUUUGGAAUUACUCGAAGAGAAUUUCGGACAUUGAGCAUCCUGAAUCUUGUGCAGGAAGAGAGACGCGAGUGGCUUGAGUCGAAGCUCAAAAGCACAAGCGUCUACGCAAGCACCGAGUCGCCUAGCACGAGGACUGCUAGGCCAAGUGGGCAUAGCUCAAGAUGUUUAAAUCUUGGUAACGGCGUGACAGCGCAGCUGCUAAGCAAGCCUCCAGCACGGCUGACCAGGUCAAAAAACCGCAAUGACACUCAGUCUAGUCAUGGUUCAACUAGACGCACAAGGAGCCCUAACCAUACUCCAAGCAAAUCGCGUGGCGUGCUAAUCUGUGGAGACGUCGUUCCAAUUCAGAAGCGCAACGGUCAAACGGGCUCUGCCAGCUUGUGGGUAAUGGAGAAGAAAGGUGGUCUAAUAUGGGUAGUUGAGGAGAUACCAGAGCACGUGGUACAUCUUCGGUGUAACGAGAAGGGACAGAUUGUCGAUGUCAAGGGCGAUGUAAACAAUAUCUGGGGUCGCAAGGCCAUUGAACCAGGGACACCCCUUCUCGAACUUCUGCCUCACAUUCCUACCAUCUCUCCUGAUUCUGAAAGCCCGGAUUACUCCAAAUCAAAUGAGCUAAAGUACUGGACCGCGUUAACGUCAUCUGGGGCAUCUAUCCCGACAACAGUGACGGCCAUUCCUGACACUCACACUCUUCGCAUAUCUAGUUUCCCUCAUAUUGCAGGAAUGCUGGUUCUAUCACCAGAGACUUUGAAUGUUAUCAGUGCAAAUCCAGUCUUUGCCUCUUCGCUGUUAGGGCAUAACUCACUUGAAGGAGUGAAUAUUACAGAUUUGGUUCCUGAUUUCGAUCAAUUCCUUGAUGCUUUAACCGAACACGAUAAUAUCCUACUGGUUGAUGGGAUGGUUAUCCCAGAGCAUAGCUUCCGAAGAGCCCGCGCGUUAUCCAUCCUUCGUAAUGGUAAGGCCGACGCAGCCUCCUUAUUCUUGCGACCCACCGGGCUCCCUGCGCGACACCGGGAUAGUGCAGAGAUCAUGGUGGAUGUUCAGAUGCGAGUGGUGAAAAGCCAGUCAACCUUCCGUAACCAGCACGCUAUCAUUCAUGAAGAUCGAGAUUCUUACCAGGAAAACGAAGCUUGCUUUGCCAUAACUGAGCUCGUCUACGCCUUAUGGAUAACUUAUUCUCGGCAAUUCCAUUCCACAAAUGGGGUUGAACUGCCACCCGUAAACCCACUGGUGCCGCCCCCCGGAUCACCUCCGCGUCAGCCCCCUCCUAGACAGAUGUCUCCUGCAGUAUCACCGAUGCUCGAGACUCCACCUAAAUCCAGCAGACCGCAGGUGUCUCUUUUGGCCCAGCAGUUGAAUGAGGCGGCAUCUCAGCCGCUUACCGAUAAACCCCCACAGCCUGUUCCUGAGAUGAAACUAUCUUCCUUAAGAGUUGAACCUCCGAAGAAAAGAACAAUAUCGGACUACGCUAUUCUUGAGGACCUCGGAUCAGGUGCUUACGGGCAAGUGAAGCUGGCUCGGUGCAAGUGGAAUCCACCAAAAAAGAUGGUCCUGAAAUAUGUCACGAAGAAACGAAUCCUGGUAGAUACGUGGACGCGAGACCGUCGUCUGGGCACUGUCCCACUGGAAAUACAUGUUCUUGACUAUCUCCGUCGUGAUGACAGGAAGCAUCCGAAUAUUGUGGAAAUGGAGGGCUUCUUUGAGGAUGAUAUCAAUUACUAUAUUGAAAUGACUCCACAUGGCUUUCCAGGCAUGGAUUUGUUCGACUAUGUUGAGUUGCGGACGCAUAUGGAUGAAGCUGAAUGCCGGAAUAUUUUCUCUCAGGUUGUCAGUGCGGUUCACCACCUUCACACUAAAGCUUUCGUGGUACAUCGUGAUAUUAAGGAUGAGAAUGUUGUCCUGGAUGGUGAGAGGCAGGUUAAAUUGAUUGAUUUUGGAAGCGCAGCGUAUAUCAAGAAUGGUCCUUUUGAUGUUUUUGUCGGCACGAUAGAUUACGCAGCACCCGAAGUCCUUCAAGGCAGAUCAUACCGUGGAAAAGAGCAAGAUGUAUGGGCGUUGGGAAUUCUUUUAUAUACGAUUAUUUACAAAGAGAACCCGUUCUACAAUGUCAACGAAAUCAUGGACCACCCUCUACGCAUUCCUUUCUUACCAUUUACAGACGAUUGCAUUGAUUUGAUCCGCGGCAUGCUUAAUCGCAAUGUGGAUGAGCGGUUGACCAUCACUCAGGUCAUGGAGCAUCAAUGGAUGAACGCAACGACGAACAACCCGGGCCGUGGCUAA